CUGGCCCGAGCGCGGGCGGGACCGCGUCGCUGCCGUCCCUUCCCCGGCCGUUCCCUCCGCCGCCAGCGGACGCGGGGUGCCAUGGAGGGCCGCAGGCCGGCGGGCCCGGCGGGAGCGGGGGCGCUGGCCGGCUGAGGCCGAGGCAUGCGGAGCCCCGGCGGGAGCCCGUCGCACACGCUGCCCCGGGCCUUGCAGCACGCGGCGGCGGCGGCGGCAGCGGCGGCGGCGGCGGCCUCGGGCGCCUUGCUCGGCGCCUAUCUGGAGCGCCACGGUCCGCCCGCGGCCUCGGACCUGCCGGCGCCGGCCGGGGCGUUGGCGGGCGGCCCCGGGAGCGGCGGCGGCGGCGGCGGCGUGGUGGUCGGGGUGGCCGAGGUGAGAAACUGGCGCUGCUGCUGCCUCGGCAGCACCUGUUGGUGCCGGAGCCUCGUGCUGGUGUGCGUGCUGGCCGCCCUGUGCUUCGCUUCCCUGGCCCUGGUCCGCCGCUACCUGCAGCACCUCCUGCUCUGGGUGGAGAGCCUCGACUCGCUGCUCGGGGUCCUGCUCUUCGUGGUGGGCUUCAUCGUGGUCUCCUUCCCCUGCGGCUGGGGCUACAUCGUGCUGAAUGUGGCGGCCGGCUACCUGUACGGCUUCGUGCUAGGCAUGGGGCUCAUGGUGGUGGGCGUCCUCAUCGGCACCUUCAUCGCUCAUGUGGUCUGCAAGCGGCUGCUCACCGCCUGGGUGGCCGCCAGGAUCCAGAGCAGCGACAAGCUGAGUGCCGUUAUCCGCGUCGUGGAGGGAGGAAGCGGCCUGAAGGUGGUGGCGCUGGCCCGGCUCACUCCCAUACCCUUUGGGCUCCAGAAUGCAGUGUUCUCGAUUACUGAUCUCUCCUUACCCAACUAUCUGAUGGCAUCUUCAGUUGGACUGCUUCCGACUCAGCUUCUGAAUUCUUACUUGGGUACCACCCUGCGGACUAUGGAAGAUGUCAUUGCAGAACAAAGUGUUAGUGGAUAUUUUGUCUUUUGUUUACAGAUUGUUAUAAGCAUAGGCCUCAUGUUUUAUGUAGUCCAUCGUGCUCAAGUGGAACUGAACGCAGCUAUCGUAGCUUGUGAGAUGGAACUAAAAACUUCUCUGAUAAAAGGCAAUCAACCACAUCCCAGCGGCUCUUCCUUCUACAGCAAGAGGACCCUCACGUUUUCUGGAGGUGGAAUCAAUAUUGUAUGAUUCUUACAAACCGUGAUUGUCGGGAGCCGAGUGCGCUGUCCAGGCCUAGCAGGCACUCUCCUAGUGGCAGAGACAAGUGCUGUUGUAUUAUGGCACAAAGAAACUGACUAGUUUUUAAAUGGCACAAUUUUCUAAAAGCAAGUAUCAUUUUCUGGGUCUGUAAAUGUAAAUGUAGCUGCAGCUUUGGCUGCCCCAUGUUUUACCUGUAAUGGCCUAUAGGUGUGCACUUUAGUGUUUCUGAAUUCUUUUAUUAUUGGGACUUAUGAACAGAGAAAUAACCCAAAUAUUGUUUUUCUUUCUGUUUAGUAUCCUUAUUUAUACAGCCCACGAAUAGUUGUGCGCCUCUGUCUUUAAAGAUGAGUAAAAGUAUGCAGUUCUAAAGGUGUCACCGUUGGAUGUUCUUUGCUUAGGUAGUCUUUCAAGAAGGGUAAAAUGUGUUUGUUUGUUUGUUUAUUGUUCACUUGCUUGUUUUAAGCAACUUUGCUUCCUUUUCCUUGCCCAUAAGAAAAUUGGUAAAUUUCAGUUGAGUGUAUUAUCAAGCAUUAUGUUAUCGUGGGCCUUUUACCCCCUUCCAUACAAGCUUAAAUCCUACAUUGUGGGACUGAAGUGCUCUUAAGAUUCCUUUUUAUUUUCACUGUGUAAUUUGCAGAGUGAAAGGGAAAUUAUUUAGUAGGUGGCUCAGAAGCAGAGCCCACAUUCUUACUUGAUUUUGUUGCUUUCACCCUUUAGACCUCCUCAAAGGGCUGUCCGAUAGCACUCUUACCAAACCAUUUUACCUUUUUAAUAUUAAUAAUUAGGCUUUGAAAUAAACAUAUUAUUCCUAUAAAAUGGUGGGCUUUCUAGCUCAGAAGUUGUCAUUCAGGUAGCCUUGUUUAGUCAAAACGCCUUGUUAAAAAGAAACAAGCUUUAAAAUCAUGUUUAUAGUUCCAAUAAAGUCUUAUAUAUCUGUCCCCAUAGUCUUCAGCUUUAAAACUAUAAACAUAAUAUUAACAAAACGGCCACGUUUGUGCUAUCUGCUGUAUUCUCGCUGUUUUGUUUGGGGCUUUGGUAUUCCUUUUCCCUGAUAAGACUCAGGAAUUCUGAAAUGUGAAAUUGUCUCAGUUCUCUUUCUUGUAGCAUGUGUGUUUACGCACAGCACUUAGAACUGUAGUAUAUAAUAAUUCAACAUGAUUCAUACAGCGUGCGUUCAUUUUUCAGCUUUAUUUUUAAAAUAGCUUAAUUGCAAACUCAACGAUUAGUUGAUUUUGUUUGUUACAAAUGAGAUUGUAAUGAUAUGGUGGUGUUUUCUAUUAAGCACUUCAUUUUUCUAGGCCUAUUGCGGCCUACCAGAGCUCUCUCCUGGUGGGAAGACCUUUCCCUGAUUUCUACUGACACACAGAGUGAUCCUGUGCAAGCAGUUUUCUGGUCUUAUCACUAGAGAUCAAUUUGAUCGUGUUCAUUUACAGGAUUUUUGCCCAAUUCAGGUUGUUUUUCUUCCCUUUCCAAUGCAGUAGAAGACCAGAGUUACUGUGACCAAAGGCACCUGGUCUACAGCGCAUGAUUGGCCUCCAGAUCUGUUAUUGGUAGAAAAAUGCUUAUAUAUACUCUGCGUCCUCAUUGCCUAUUUAGUUUUGAAUGUUACUUAGUGUAACCAUCCCAAUAAAGGAAAUAUUUGAUUUAUUUUAAUUUUUUGGUAUGACUUGGCAACAUUUUUCUUGUGUUUCUCAUUAGUUAUUUUUUUUGUUAAAGGAAUCUUUAUUUAAGAUCACUGUGUUCAUGCUUGUUUUACAGCUCGUGUUUUGAAGUGCAUUAUAUUUACUUAGCAUUUGUGACUUGAACAACUUCACCAAAUGAGUACCUUUUGGUAGUCUGUAAUGAGUUCUUCCAGAUGUUAACACCUUCCCUGGUAAUUGUAUUAAAUAUGUAAAGACAAAAGAAAUAAUUUUCUGUACUCUGCCAAUCAAAAUUUUAUAAAAUAAAUCAUCAACUUUUAUAAUAGUA